AUGGCAGAAAACAGUAGCACUCGGAUCACUGAAAUCUUCCUGCUUGGAAUUCCAGGAGUCCAUUCACAGUAUAAUGGAGCGUUAGGGAGUUUUUUACUUUUUGUCUAUCUAGUACUGGCCAGCGGAAACAUUUUGAUCAUUUCAUUUAUUGCAUAUGAAAAAAGUCUUCAUAAACCCAGUUAUUUUAUCUUUUGUAACCUCGCUGUAUCUGAUCUCGCUUUUGGAACGGUCACACUGCCCAAAGUGGUAGCCAAAUAUCUAGCCAAAAAUGAUCAUGUAGAAUUUUACUCGUGUUUUGUGCAAAUGUAUAUCGUUCAUCAUUUAGGUACGGUGAAUUCAUUUUUGAUGUUAUUAAUGGCCAUCGAUCGGUUUAUUGCUAUAUGCAACCCCCUUAGAUAUCCUGCUAUUAUCACCAACCAGUCUAUUUCAUUCGCAUGUGUUGGAUUCUGGGUAGUUAUUUUAGGAUGGUUACCUCUGUUUACUUAUCAAACUGCAAAACUUUCCUUUUGUGCUUCAGAUGUAAUUAAUCAAUGUUUCUGUGAUUUCAAUUCAUUAUUUAGCAUUGGGUGCGGGGAGAAAAGCGAGCUUAGGAGAAAUGCGUUCGCAAUGGCCAUGUUUACUCUUUUGGGCCCUUUAAUGUUCAUCAUCUUUUCUUAUAUUGCCAUUAUUAUAUCUGUUUUUAAAAUCUCAAGCAUUCAGGCUCGAUAUAAAACAUUUUCGACAUGCAGUCCUCAGCUUUUAACCAUAUGCCUUUACUAUAUCCCCAGAUGUACUGUGUAUAUUUGUGAUUUAACCGCUGAAAUGCCUAUGGCCGUUCGGGUAAUGCUUGUUAUGUGGUACAGUCUGCUUCCUCCUGUUGUUAAUCCAAUGAUAUACUGCUUCAGAACCCAGGAAAUUAAGGCUGUUUUAAUGAAAAGAAUUAGAGGUAAAAUAGUUCAAAUUAACUUAAAGACAUUUGCGAGCUAAACACAUUUGUACAUCCUGUUAAGGCACUUCUGUGUACGUUUUUUUUGUUGUUGUUGUUGUUGUUGUUUUUUGUUUUUAAAUCUUGACUAGAAAUUUCAAAGUAAAAAAAAAAAUUUUAAUUGCUAAAGCUUUAAUAUAAGUUAAAGCAAUGUACAAACAUGUUGUCAUGUCUUUUUGAUUACAUCAAAUGUAUUUAAUGUGUUCUGUAUAAUAAUAAUUAUCAUCAAAUGUUUUAAACAUUUGUCCAUUUUCUAUUAAGACAAAUAAGAAUUUGUGUCAUCUUUUAAAAUACAUUAAUCUUAUAAAGUGGUUGCAACAUGGGGUUGGGGUCUUAAACCUCUGAAUAACUGUUCCCAUACAAUUUUUAAAGAUUCACAAAGAUUUCAGUUUAAAAUUAAUUUUGUUUAUUACUGUGGUGAAAAUCAACAGGCAUUUAGAUCAGCUUCUACCUUUCAGAAAAAUUUUGAUGAAGAUGCUGUAGUACAUCUACCAGUCCAUUGCUUAAAAUACUUUACAAGCUGUUUUGUGUUAUUUUAAUGUUUUAAGAUUUUUUAUUUUCUUUUUUUUUAGAUUUCAUGCAUAAAUGUAACCCUGCCUGUGAAAAUCAAGCUACAUUGUAAAAGGUUGGAUCACCUUUAGUGAACUGCAUCUUUUUUCCAUCGUGGCAAUAGUGAAAAUGUCCAACAGCUACAUUGCCGUGUAUGUGUCUUUUUGUAUUUCCAUGGAUUAUUCACUGAAAUACUAACUUGGGUGACAACUAGCCCCUAGUCUCCAAUAGCCAUACAAUAAGUAUACUAUGCAGAGACGGUUUCCCGGACAGGGUCCCAGACUAAAAUGCAUGUUUGAGCUGCUUUAACUUAAAAACACCAUUUUGUUUAAUUUUUGUAAGGUAUGUUUAUAAAAACUUCUUUAAUGACCUAAUAUUAAAGGAAUAUUCAAUUUUCUUAAAAGAAAAAUCCAGAUAA